CACUUUUCAACGUUUCAUAAUUAGAAUGUAUCAUUGAAAGUUGUUGAAGCUAAGUUGUUCAAUUGAAAGAAUUAAAAUCGAAUACAUUCAAAAAGGCAAAAAAAACGUUUAACUCAACUUUAUUUUGACACAUUUAACGUGACUGGAAAUUUUCAUCAAACUGUUGAGAAAAACCAAGAUUCAGAGUAAAAAUGGGUUAUAUUACCAAGUUAUCAGAUGAGAUUGGGUUUUCCACUUUAGUGACAUCUGGUUCAGAUGUUUAUAUCAUUACAUUUCUUCGAAUGUUAAGAUUUUAUGGUUUUACUGGUAUUUCACUUGUUUUAGCACUUUUUUUAAAAGAAGAUGGUUAUAAUGAAAGAUAUAUUGGAUUAUUAAUGAGUUUAAUGUUUUUUGGUGAUUUAGUUACAUCUUUUUUAUUAUCUCUAGUUGCUGAUAAAGUUGGUAGAAAAGCCACCUAUGUUUUAUCUUCAUUAGUGAUGGCAAUUACUGGUGUUUGCUUUAUUUAUUUCCAUCAAAAUUAUAUUGUGAUUUUUUUGGUUUCAUUUAUUGGUAUCAUUACACCACAUGGAGGUGAAGUUGGACCUUUUAGAUCAGUUGAAGAAAGUGUUAUUGCUGAUUUAUGUGCUUAUGAGAAGAGAUCAGAUAUUUAUGCCUGGGGUUCAUUUUUAAGUAAUUUAGCAUCUGCUUUUGGUUCAGUUACAAUUGGGUCAUUAAUCACAUAUGCUCAAAAGGAAUAUGGUUAUUCUAAGAUUGAUUCAUAUUUGAUUAUCUUUUGGGUUUAUAUUGUGAUUUCAUUAUUGAUGGCUGUUUUAUCAUUAUUCCUUACCCAUAAAGUUGAGCUCAAUUAUCAUCAAAUCUCAAAUGGUGCAACUUCUACUACAGAUGCUCAAGUCAAUGUUGCAGCUAGUGGUGAAACAGCACCAUUAUUAGCGGCAUCAGCAGUUGUUCAACCUCAACAAAGAAAAUCAUUUUGGUCAAAAUUUGUUCCAAAUUUAUCUGGAGAAUCAGCUUCAGCAAUUGUUAUUAAAUUAACAUUGUUAUUUGCUUUAGAUGCUUUUGCUUCAUCAAUCAUUUCAUUUUCAUGGCAAUCAUAUUAUAUUUCAAGAAAGUUCAAUAUUAGUACUGAGGAUUUAGGUGGUGUUUUCUUUUGUACAAUGAUUAUUACAUCAAUCACAGCAUUGUUGAGUACAUCAUUUUCCAAGAGAUUAGGUCCAGUUGUCACUAUGGUUAGUACUCAUCUUCCAUCAUCCAUUGCACUUGCGUUGGUUCCUGCACCAAGUUCAUUAAAGGUUACUAUUGUUAUUUUGAUCAUUAGAGCCAUGACACAACAAAUGGAUGUUGCACCUAAAAAGGUGUUCUUGACCACUGUGAUUAAGCCAUCACAAAGAACUGCAAUCUUGGGAUGGGUUAAUGUUGUCAAGACACUAGCCCAGUUGGCAGGGCCUAGUAUCACUGGUGUGCUGACCAGUUUUGACUUGCAAUGGGUGUGUUUUGUCGUUGCAGGUACACUAAAGAGUGUGUAUGACCUGGGUAUCUGGGCCUCCUUCCUGGAGUACAACAGACACAAUGUUCAUUGA